GGGGGGGUUCGGUAUGUGCUGUGCUCAGACCAGUCGUCCUCCGGCCGGUCCGGCUGCCUUCGUGGCGAAAACGAAGGUUUCGCGUCGAGAAAAGGACUUCCCGCAUUUGCUUGCCCUGUUUCAGUGGUCGUGAUCGGUUGUUCUGGUAGGGCCUUGGUAGGGGUGGACGAAGGAGGGGAAGGGACGAAUGAGUGGUGCCAGCCCCGAAAGAAGAUGCAGAUGCAGAUCCACGAGAGGCGUUGGAUUCUAGCUGUGAGAGACUUUGUAGGAUUCUGUUGAAACAAGGUAAUUUGAAUAGCCUUGAUUUGACAGAUUAUACCCUUAGUUGGAGUUCUUGUUCAUCGAUUGACAUGGGCCAUGGGUGUCCAAAACAUGGAGACGGAACGAGUCAGAUCUCGGCCGCGGAAUUUCUCCGAACACGGGCGAAUUCCGGUGCCGUCCGCUGCAUUUUUUGCAGCAGAGACGGGUGGGAGGCCUCCAGGCCGAUUGGCCACGAGGCAACAAACUCGAAACUGCAAGGAGAAACUGGAAGAUGGCUGUGACAAUGCACGACAAGCAUGUGCAACAGCUUCAAAAGACUCAGAUGUGCAAGUUUUUCAUGAACCACCGGAGGUGUGGCAGGGGCUCCAGUUGCACUUUCGCGCAUGACCUGUCCGAGAUCCGGGAGAGGCCGAAUCUCAACCGGACGAGCAUGUGCAAAGCCUUCCUAACGCGUGGAUCAUGUUCGAAUGCCAACUGCGCUUUCGCACACGAUGAAAGGGAGCUUCGAGCUACAGAUGGCUUCUUCAAGAGCAAGAUGUGUCGUUUUGCCAGCAGUGGCCGCUGCAAGCAUGGAAGUGCCUGCCGCUUUGCUCAUGCUCCUGAGGAGAUCAACAAGGACGCCUCCCGGUGCCGAGAGCCCCCGAUGACGGAGCUCGCUCAGGCCUUCACGCCGGCGGAGUUACCCCUAUCCAUCUCUGGCGCUUCUGGGUGCCGGACCUCACAGGUGCCGAUCCAGGAAGUCCUGCAGGCUGUGGAGGCCUUGACAGGACUGGGCCUUCAAUCAGAAGGUGUUCACAGCCAGCAAAAGGUGUACAGCAGGUCUCAGCGGCUCAUGUUUCGCGAUGGACAGUCGGAUCAAAGUACGCGUGCUGGAACUGUCACGAGUCCAGAGGGCAGCGGAGAUUCAGGAGAGGAGGCCACGGCCACAAAGGCGAACAUGCCUUGGCCUGAAGAGGAAGCGGAACGCACUUUGCGGCGUCGCAGGCAAAGCACUACAAUGAUGCUCAUCAAUGUGCCGGAGUUUUUGACUCAGGGGUCAUUGAUCUCCCUCCUGGAAGACCUUUCACCAAGCAUGCGAGAAUCCUUCGACUUUUUCUACCUGCCCUGGGAUGAUCAGCAGGAGCAAAAUCUGGGAUAUGCGAUCAUCAACUUUUUCACGAGGGCGGGCGCCGAACAUUUCACGGAGAAGUGGUCCGAACAACCAUUCCCGGGGAGCCUCGGACAGCGGUUGCGCGUUGUACCAGCUGCUUUGCAGGGACGCGAGGCCAAUGUGCAGCACUUUUCGGGAUUCCGCCUUGCGCAAACGGCAGAUCAUCGCUUUCGACCUGCUGUCCGAGUGAUGCCGGACGAGUCUCUACAGCCUAUGUUGUUGGCGGAGGAGUUGCGGACACUCGGAGCGUACGCCAUGCGCCGGGCUCGGCCAAUGCUGAGGCUCUGCUACCACAAACCGAGGCCUUGCUGCCUGAACCAUAUCGGUUCUAAGGAAGUCUAUCUAUUCCUUUGGCCCAGUGAAGGUGGUUGAACCGAUGAACCGCUGGUUGGACUAGAAGCUAGCUUGCAGGUUGGGGCUUUUGAAAUCUUUUGAGUGCCCUUAAGUGUGCAAAUCCUUGUGAAACUGGUGUUGGUGUUGCGGCCUGUGCCACCAUUGGGGAUUGUUCUCCAAGCUGGGCUCCCAAGUUUCCUUCCCUCGAACGAGUCAAUGUCGAAGGGUGACGAGUUCGUGUCGAUGCAAUGAUGUACUCGCAAGCCAUGUCGAGCUCGUCGACGGGCUCCAAGCCAUUCGGGUUGCAUGAAGGUCAGAUCGAAUCAUAGCUGGUAGAGGAUGUGAUCCAAGGAGUCUCUUAAGGUCUCUAAGACCAGUGCUAUAGCCAGUGGCGUUACUAUCAUAGCACACAGCGCGACCGACCUUUUGAAAGGACAAAAUAGACCAGUCUACCCGAUUGUUUCACUUGUUUCUGC